GAUUAACUCUUUUGUUUUAGCUCAUAUUGUUCCUUAAGUUUUUUAAAAGCUCUGUAAAUUUGAAGAAGUCUUCAUCAGAUUUCUUUUUCUUUUUUGAGGAUUUAGAAGAUGUCUCAAACUGCUGGUAACAUUGGAAUGGAUACUUUGGACAGUGAAGUGGUGCCAUCUUCUCUAGUGGAGAUUUCUCCGAUCCUCCGUGUAUCCAAUGAAGUAGAAGCUAGUAACCCUCGUGUUGCGUACUUAUGUCGCUUUUAUGUGUUUGAGAAGGCAUGUAAGCUUGAUCCCACAUCAAGUGGUCGUGGUGUUCUACAGUUCAAGUCUGCGCUUCUUCGGCGCUUAGAACAUGAGGAUGAAACAACUCUUUCAGGAAGGCAGCAGAUUAGUGACGCACGCGAAAUGCAAAGUUUCUAUCAAGACUACUACAAGAAAUACAUCCAGGCUUUGCUCAACGCUGCUGACAAAGCUGACCGUGCUCAACUUACAAAGGCUUAUCAAACUGCUGCUGUUCUCUUUAAAGUCUUGAAGGCUGUUAAUCAAACAGAAGAUGUGGAAGUGGCUGACGAGAUUUUAGAAGCCCACAAAAAGUUUGAAGGAAAAAUCCUAAUCGACGUGCCUUACAACAAUCUUCCCCAUGAUCCUGAUAGUCAAAAUCAGGCUAUAACAAAAUUUCCUAAGAUACAACCCAUAGCUAUCGCACUUCGUAACACUAGAGAUCUACCAUGGCCAGCAGGCCACAAGAAGAAACUCGAUGAAGAUAUGCUAGACUGGCUUCAAACCGUGUUUGGUUUUCAGAAAGAUAAUGUUGCUAAUCAAAGAGAGAACUUGAUUUUGUUACUUGUUAAUGUCCAAAUUCGACAGUUUCCGAGACCUGAACAACAACCAAAGUUGGAUGAUCGCGCAGUGAGUUUUGUGAUGAAGAAAAUUUUCAAAAACUACAAUAAGUGGUGCAAGUAUUUGGGUCGGAAAACCAGCCUCUGGUUACCUACGAUUCAACAAGAGGUUCAGCAGCGGAAACUGCUAUAUAUUGGACUUUAUCUUUUAAUAUGGGGAGAGGCUGCAAACCUAAGACUCAUGCCAGCAUGCCUUUGCUAUAUAUAUCACCAUAUGGCUUUUGAAUUGUACGGGAUGUUGGCUGGGAGUGUGAGUCCGAUGACAGGGGAGCGUAUAAAACCAGCAUAUGGUGGUGAAGAUGAAGCCUUCCUGCAGAAAGUAGUGACUCCUAUAGACAAUAGAGUAGCUAAGGAAGCAAAGAGAAGUAGAGGAGGAAAGUCGAAGCAUUCUGAGAGGAGACACUAUGACGACUUUAAUGAGUAUUUUUGUUAUAGGUCAACUCGGUGCUUUCAGUUAGGAUGGCCUAUGCGAGAUGAUGCUGAUUUCUUUUGUCAGACAGCUGAGGAACUUCGAAAAAGUUAUAGAUGGUUCUCUGCUUUUGCUCUUGGCCGUCUAUUUUCUAUCCAACGAUGGAGGAGAAAUGAUGACGUCGAUGAUACAUUUGAUAAAAUAUUAACGUUUAUGUAAACAGUUUCUUUUGAUAAAAAAAAGAUAACAUAUAAUAAACCAAACUAAUAAUAAGUUAAAUAACAGCUUCUUUUAAUAACCAUUAUAAAUAAAAAUAUAUCCUUGCUUAAUCAAGUUCUAUUGUUAUUUAUGAAAAAAUGUUGUAUUGUACUCCCUCUGCUUUUAAAUAAGUGUCAUUUUGACUCUUUG